UUCGGUUAGGAGCAGAAGUUGAACAGCGCGAGCUGUGAAACAGCCUCAGAAAGGCAGACACAGAGAGGGCAGAUGCAUCGGCCCUCUGCUGGAGGGGGGGCUUAUUAUAACAAAUAUAUAUACACACAUGAGUGAACUGUUUGGCUGCACGAUAGCUCAUAUGUGGAUAACAGUUAUUUUAGAAAAGCAUACCACCGCGGCUUUACAUUUAAAAUGCCUAUUCUAGUUUUUCUGUUAGACACGUCCGCCUCUAUGAAUCAGCGCACUUAUUUGGGUACGACGUAUCUGGACGUUGCUAAAGGCGCGGUUGAGAUCUUUAUGAAGCUGCGUGCCCGAGACCCGGCUAGUAGAGGCGACAGGUACAUGCUAGUUACAUUCGAUGAGCCGCCAUACGGAGUGAAGGCAGGCUGGAAGGAGAACCACGCUACCUUCAUGUGCGAGCUGAAGAACCUGCAGGCGUCUGGGCUCACCACGCUCGGGCACGCACUCCGCGCUGCGUUCGACCUGCUCAACCUCAACCGCCUCGUCUCUGGCAUCGACAACUAUGGACAGGGCCGCAACCCGUUCUUCCUGGAGCCAUCUGUGAUCAUUACCAUCACUGAUGGGAAUAAGCUUACAAACAGCUCCGGGGUGCCAGAUGAGCUGCACCUGCCCCUCAACUCCCCUCUGGCUGGCAGCGAGCUCACCAAAGAGCCUUUUCGCUGGGACCAGCGGCUGUUCGCGCUGGUACUGAGGCUGCCGGGAGCAGCCUCGCCGGACAACGAGCAGCUCGGCAGCGUCCCCACAGACGAGUCGGCGAUCACGCAGAUGUGUGAAGUCACUGGAGGACGGUCGUACUGCGUCCGAACACAACGGAUGCUAAACCAGUGUCUGGAGUCUCUGGUGCAAAAGGUUCAAAGCGGCGUCGUCAUCAACUUUGAGAAGACCGGGCCGGAUCCGCCUCUCGGAGAAGACAAUUCUGUGGAGUCCAGUCGUCCCGUUUCAACCUUCAACCCACAGCCCUGGCACAGCUGUCACAAACUAAUCUACGUUCGACCAAACCCAAAGACGGGGGUCCCGGUCGGCCACUGGCCCAUACCAGAGUCUUUCUGGCCUGACCAGAACUCUCCAACCCUGCCGCCUCGCUCUGCUCACCCCGUGGUACGUUUCUCCUGUGUGGACUGUGAGCCCAUGGUGAUCGACAAACUUCCCUUUGACAAAUACGAGCUGGAGCCGUCCCCACUCACCCAGUACAUCCUGGAAAGGAAAUCCCCGCACAUGUGCUGGCAGGUUUUUGUUAGCAGCAGCGGGAAGCAAAACGACCUGGGGAAACCGUUUGGCUACCUCAAGGCCAGCACCACCCUGACCUGUGUCAAUCUGUUUGUCAUGCCUUACAACUAUCCGGUCCUUCUUCCGCUCCUCGACGAUUUAUUUAAAGUUCACAAGUUCAAACCAAACCUGAAGUGGCGACAGGCCUUCGAGAUGUACCUGAAGACGAUGCCUCCGUACUACCUCCUGCCCUUAAAAAAGGCAAUGAGGAUGAUGGGAGCACCGAACCUCAUCGCCGACACGAUGGACUGCGGCUUGAGUUACAGUGUCAUUUCCUACUUGAAGAAGCUCAGCCAGCAGGCAAAAAUUGAAUCAGAACGCCUAAUUGUGUCCGUGGGGAAAAAAGCGCCUCAAGAAACGGGCAUAAAGGUGAAGAACCACUCCAGCGCUCUCUCUCUGGCCCACCGGCGGGACUUCAAGCAGCUGCUGCAGGGAAUCACCGGAGAGGGGCCUCUCCGCCUGGUCGACAUCAACUUCAAAGAGUUCGCCGGCUUCCAGAUCGCUCUUCUCAACAAGGAUGUGAAACCGCAAGCUUACCGGAACGCCUACGACAUCCCGAGGCGAAACCUCUUGGAUCAGCUCACCAGAAUGCGCACCAACCUGCUGCGGACCUCUUUGAAGCUGAUCCGAGGCCAAGACGAAGACUUCCUGCAUAGCAUUCCAGUGGCCCAGAUGGGAAACUACCAGGAGUACCUGAAGAUGAUGCCGUCUCCGUUGAGAGAGAUUGAUCCCGAUCAACCCAAACGGCUUCACACGUUUGGGAAUCCUUUCAAGCAGGAUAAAAAGGGCAUGAUGAUCGACGAGGCAGACGAGUUCGUGGCCGGACCUCAGAACAAGAAGCGGGGCCACUCCGGCGACCCCAACUCCGGCGGCACCAUGAAGCGAAGACGGAGCAUGUCCCCGUUGCUGAGGCGACCUCAGACCCCGCCUGGCAGCACCAACCACGUGGCGGUGGGGAAGAGUCCAGGCCAGCAGAAUCUCCUCAAACCCCCGUCACAGCACAAAGAUGGGAACAACAUGGUGCUCGCCGAGAGCAACGGCGACGGCGUCCUCGGCCUGGACUCUGGCGACAUCUGGCCCGGCGAGGCGGACGCGGAGGCGCUCUGUCCGUCUCCGUUGAUACUGGAGGACAAGACGGGAUUGGCGGCGCCGUUUCAGGCGGAAGAAGCGAGUGCGGUGGAGGACGAAGAUCACCUGGAGGAGCAGACGACGGAGGAGAGGCACAACUGCGACCGCCUGAGCCCGCAGAGCGAGCUGGACGGCAGCGAAGACGACUUCGGCGUGCUCGACACCAUUUACAUAACCCCACUGGACAGCUGCCAAGCCGAGCUGAGGAGCAGAGUCAUCAAGGAGGUCCGCAAACCUGGACGGAACUAUAAAUCCAUAGUCAGUCUGCUGCAGCAGGUGAAAGGACCGGUGAACGUUCGAAAGUACUUCAUCCAGCAUGCAAUCAAAGAAGCUCUGAGGUUCAAGAAGCGCAUGUUGAUCCAGCAGCUGGAGACCGCCCUGGCCGAAGUGGAGGACGACUCGGCGCCGUGCUCUCCGCUCUCCAACGAUCACGGCAGGUAGUAAACCCCACAGAAACCCUCUGGCGUCCUGUCUCGUUUUUCAUCGCCGCGAGCGGAGGAUUCAGAGAUGCAGAGAAGGAAAGCGCCGCCGUCGCGUUGUCGUCGUUUAACUGGAUGGCGGGGAGGGGUCCGUCAAGAGCUGAGCCGCGUGCGACGAACACGGCGACGCCGACAGAGACCGUAAACACCCGGACGGCUUUUGUCAGUGAGGACAAGUCCAGCAGACUCAGGCACUCCUUUACACGAAAAGUCACACAGCUGGCCUGGUCCGCACAUGUGUCAGAUACUGGUCAUGUACUGGUUUCCUCCCCCAAAUCACCCUGGCUGUUACAAACAGACCCGUUUUCAGCUGGUCUGAAAGUUGUUUUCGUGUAUAAAUAUUCUUUUACACGACUAAAAAAGGAAAAAAAAGCUUAAACAUUCAUGUAAAGUUGUGGCUGACAGGACGAAUUGGGUUAAGCCAGAUUACGUCUGCAACAAAAACACCGCACUGAUUUUAUUAUAUUUUAUUUAUUUAUUUAUUACGCUUUUUUUUUUUAUCUACGUUGAUCCUGUUACCUAAUAUCUGACUAUUUUUAGUUGAUGCUGAGGGGUUGUGCAAUAUGGAAAAGAGCUUAACAAGAAUAAUAAUAGGAAGAAAUCUGGACAUUCAACUAAUAUAAUCAGUCCAAUGAAAAUAAAAGAUGAAUCAUUUGGAUCAUUCGGCAACUAAAUAAGUGGGAUUAUUAUUUAAAGAGACGGUACGCAGGCUGAAGAAAUGACUCGCACACAUAAACAGAGGAAAGCUUCGCUCAUCAAUGGCAGCAAAUCCCUCAAAUGUCCAAUAAUUGUAAUGAACAAAAAUUGUACAUUAUUUUAAAAUGUUAGUCUGUAUUCUGAUACUUCUUAGCUCAUUGACACAUUGCUCAACCUC